AUGUGGCAGCGCACCAAGCACACCAGCAAGUCUGGCUUCGACAAGCUGUGGGGUUGGGCCGACAAGCUCGGCGCUCCCGUCAACCGCCUGUCCAACAAGCUGGGCUCUGAGGCUUUCUGGCCGACCACGCUGGACAAGGAAAGCGACAAGGCUGCACGCAUUCUGCGCAGCUUUUGCAAGGACGGCUUCUAUGAGGAGGAGGUCCUCAGCACCCUCGACGGUCCGCAGCAGAAGCAAAAGGUGCUAAAGAAGAUCCCGCAAGAUGUCAUCCGCAAUGCUGUCGGUCUCGCCAUCUUCACAACAAUGCGCAGCGGUCUUUGGGUGUCCGGCGCAGGCGGAAGUGGAGUCCUGGUCGGGCGGACAGCAGACGGCUCGUGGUCGCCUCCUUCAGGCAUCAUGCUCCACACUGCCGGCCUUGGAUUCCUUGUUGGUGUGGACAUCUACGAUUGUGUUGUCGUCAUCAACACGCACGAGGCAUUGGACGCCUUUUCCAAGGUUCGAUGCACUCUUGGGGGCGAGAUCAGCGCCGUCGCCGGCCCGGUCGGCGUCGGCGGAGUCGUCGAGUCAGAGGUGCAUAAGAGACAGGCGCCCAUCUUUACCUACAUGAAGUCAAGAGGCUUCUACGCUGGCAUUCAGGUCGACGGCACCGUGGUGAUAGAACGAACCGACGAGAACGAGAGGUUCUACGGGGAACAAAUAGGCGUUGCAGACAUCCUUGCCGGAAAUGCACGGCAUCCACCCCCGGAGAUCCGGCCUUUGCUGGAAACCAUCAGGGCAGCACAAGGCGACGCCGACAUCGACCAAACUCUGCUGUCAACCGAGCCGCCUCCAGGAGACUUCGAAAUUGACGCGGGAGACCAACAAUUUGGAGUCCCAGACCGCAUGGACCCUGAUCCCUACGGCGUUCUCGCUUUGGAGAAGGUGGGAUUGCACAUUGUCGAGGCGGGCACUGGAAAAAGACCAACCAGCGAGGCCUUCGAGUUCAAUCCGAGCCCAGCUAGCCCAAUUUACAGUACAUUCAGCAGAAGGAGCACCGACCGGAACAGUUUCCGGGACAGCCGGACGGUUAGCAGGCGGAGCAGCUGGAGGACUAGUACUAUCAGCAAUAUGACCGAUCGGGCAACUCAAACUGUCGACAUGGGCGUUCAGACUGAUUUCGAUGGCCCCGGUACGAACAGCCAAAGGGCGUCCGAGUCUGAGAGCCGUUCACCCAUGAAGGAGAUUCCCGAAAACGACGUUGCUGAAACCUCGACCGCUGUGCAAGCAGCCUUGUCCAGGAGGAGCUCAAACUCGGCAGCAAGGUCCAUGAAGAGCAUUAAAGAGGAGGCUAAAGAAGACACUGAGGAGGCACAGGAGGAAGUUGAAAAGAAGGAGGAGGGCAAGCAGGGCCCCGAAACAACCGAAGAGAAGCAAGUGGAAGCAACCCCCAAGUUGCAAGUUGAGGACGAGAAGCCAACUCAAGCCGCCGAGCUGAGCACUGGUGAGGUGAGCGAAAAGACCAAGACGGGUGCCAGCCUCAGCGCACUUGACACCAACCCUGUGAGGUUCUCGACCUACGACUUUGAAAACGUGGCUGUCGAAGAGCCUGUUGUGCAGCAGCUUCGACAGGCGGCCACUCCGCAAGCCAUCCGCGCGAGGUUGGUGACGGUGAAGAAGCCAACUCCGCCUAGGAUCCCGCCGCGUAACCCCAUCAGGAACCGCAAGGGUCCUCUCAUCAUCAACGCGCAACCACACAACGACAUCCAUGCUCAUGACAGCAUGUCCCCUCGGUCACCCCCCUCUUCGUCGGAGCACCCGUCCGUCAGCACCAUGGACAGCGCGUCGACGAUCAGCUCUCGCGACUCGUUCUCGUCGGAUGACGGAAUCACGGCGAUGAAUAAGCGCAUCAGCGUGAUGCGGAUGAGCGACAGCGACGAGACCGAGGGCAGAUCCGAGAAGAAGAGGAACAGCUCGGACUCGGUGCACUCGGUGCCUGGCUCGCCGGGUCAGGUGCGGCGGAGUGCAGUGGAGGAAGACUUCUGUUGA